UGUGCGUGCGCGUCGCGUGAUAUGGGUGCACAUAUACGAGACUGUGUGUAACGUGUGCGCGCGCGGACGUUUGUGCAACACAUUAUCCACUGUAUCUAAAUAUCUACGCCACCGCGAAGUACAGUGCAUCUUGUCGAUUUUGGCCGAUGCGUCGUAUCGUACAUUUACGAUAGUGAUUUCCAGCAUUACGACUUGUAAAAACGACUUAUUCUCGUAGACUCAACAGAGUCCGCUUUUUCACGAAGCGCCAACGGAUUAAAGGAACGUCAACGUCGGUCGCAACCUAUAUUUUUGUACUACAUGGAAGGGCCAUGUAACCUACGUUAGUGAAGUGUAGCAAAUGGAAGGUUUUAAGGUGAAAGAUGAACCGAUGGAUGCAUUAGCCAUAGACAGUCAGGUUAUGGAUGAGAACAUUGUGAGCGUCGUGCUUAAAGAGGAACCAGGUGACAGAUUUGAUCCCGACUACAUGGAGGAUAUUUGCUCAGGUACUUUCGAGAAGGUAUUUCUGCCUAUCGAAAACAAUGAAGUGGAUUUCUCUAAUGAAAUGGUGAAAUUAGAAUUGGAAGGAGAAUCUACCAGUCAUCAUAAUUGGACAGCGCAAAUAAAUGCUAAUUUAUGCGAUAAGGAAGAUAGUGUAAUGCAACGAUGUUUGGCUAACACAAAUUUUCUACAAGCACAAGACCCUGAGAAGCACGGAUUUUGUCAAAACGGGCAACAAGCGAAAUUUUAUAAAAUACAAUGCUCAAUUUGUAAGAAGUGGUUUCUGAAUAAUGAUUCCAUGGUAACACAUUUAAGGAUGCAUUGUAGUGGAAGUCAGUGUGAAGUUUGUCAGCAGAAUUUUUCUGAUAACUCCAGUUUGCAUGCCCACAUGUUGACUCACGUUGGAAUGAGCCCGUUAGAAUGCAACAUCUGUCAGAAACGAUUCGCUUAUAAAUGGUGCUUACGAAGUCAUAUGCAACUACAUGUGUUGGAUAAGCCAUACGAUUGCGAUGCGUUGCAGCAAGCUUUUAUGAAACGAGCAGGUAUGAACGAUCAGAUGAUGCAUAUGGAAGAAAGACCUUUUGAAUGUGAUGUAUGCCAUGCAUCGUUUAAGGAGAAAAUUACUUUAAAUCGGCACAUGUCCAGCCAUGUUGGAGAUAGAUCCUAUAAAUGUGAAAUUGCGGCAUUUAGAGAAAAGGCAAAAUUAAAUAUGCAUAUGCCGCUUCAUAUGGGAAACAAACAAUUCAAAUGUACAUUGUGUCACAGAGCAUUUGCUCAAAAAACAGCACUCAACAAUCAUAUGCUGGCCCAUAGUGGUGAGAAACCACACGCAUGCAACAUUUGUGAGAAAACAUACAAAAGAAAAUCAGAAUUAAUUAGGCAUACUAUGGUGCACACCGGCGAGAGACCAUACGAAUGUAAAGAAUGCUUGAUGACUUUUCGUGAAAAAGCCAAAUUAAAUUCCCAUAUGCUGGUUCAUACAGGGGAAAAACCACACGAAUGUCAUAUUUGUCACAAGGCAUGCGCACGGAAAUCAGAUUUAAACAGCCACAUGUUGCUGCAUACCGGCGGCCAGUAUGAUUGCAAAGUCUGCGAUAAGAUUUUUACCAGGAAAUCUGAUCUGAAUAGACACACUCUAAUACAUACUGGUGAGAAACCGUUCGCCUGCGAUUUAUGCGACAUGGCAUUCAGGGAAAAGACUAGAUUGAACUCACAUAUGCUUAUACAUACUGGCGAUAAGCGACACGCCUGUCACAUUUGCCACAAAACAUUCAAAGAGAAGUCGUCGUUGAGGAAACACAUGUUGAGCCACACUGGUGACAGACCGUACGAAUGCUAUGUGUGUCACAAAGCUUUCACACAGAAGACUACUUUGACCAGCCAUAUUCUGGUUCAUGCUGGUGAGAGACCUUUUGAGUGCAGUUCUUGUCAAAAAAUAUUCAAAGACAAAGCAGCGUUGAAAAAACACUUAUCGAUGCACGUUAAUGAAAAAACUCACGAAUGUCUUAUCUGUAUGAAAAAAUUCGCCCAUAAGACAGCAUUAAAUAAUCACUUGUCCACGAGCCACAUAUCCUAACUACACGGAUCUAGUCUAUUACAGCUUUCUGUUUCUUUACAUUGAGCACCGUACGUUUGUAGUUAUAUAGCAUAUUUCCAAUAAUUAUACACCUAUAUUUGUUUUAUAUGCCAAUAGGUCUGAAAGUCGUAUUUUUUCUUGUGUAUGGAGAUAAUAAAUUAAUUUCUAAGUAA